AUGGAAGCUAUUUUAUGUGAAGGACCUUGGUUUGUAAGAGGCCAUAUAGUAGGCAUUGAUAAAUGGUCGCCUAAUUUUUCAACAAACUCUUUGAAGGGACUCUCGGCUCCAGUGUGGAUAAGGCUUCCUAAUCUACCAUUAUAUUGUUGGGAUGAUAUCAACAUAUGCAGAAUUGCAUCUCUUGUUGGCAAACCCUUUUUACUAGAUGGGAAUAUGUUCCAAUGGAACAGAAGAGAAUUUGCUAGGAUUUGUGUUCGCAUCAAGCUGGAUGAACAACUUCCUCUAGGAGUUUGGGUGGAAGGUGAAUCUAGCAAAUUCUAUCAAAAAAUUGAGUAUGAAAAAGUUCCUCAGGAAGUGGUACAAGCUGAAAGUGCUAACAAAAUGGAUGAUGGUCCUUCUAAUGUUGCCAAUCCUACAACUGCAGAUAUACAAAUUCCUGAAGAAGCAGGGUAUGGACCCUGGGUGCACGUCAGGUAUGGAAAGGGGAAAAGAACUAAUAAUUUUUCAUAUAUUGUCAAUAAAGUUUCUCAAAAACCUGUGAGGGAAAUUUGGAAGACUGUUGCUACUAUUGCUCCUAAUCAAAUUAAUCACCAGAAUUUGAACUCGGAAGGGUCUAUUAUUGAGAAACUAGACAAAGACUCUGUUGAAAAUCAAAAGACAUGUUGUUCUGUACAAAAGGAAGUUUUUGUUGCUGCUGAUCCUAGAAAUUAUGAAGCUUUUAAAGCUGCUGAAGUUAAUAAUAUUGCUGUUCUUAGCAAUACAAAACUAGAAGAAGGGGAAAUACGAGAUAGUUUCUCCGGGAUAGAUACAAAAAUUUCAUCUGGUAAGGAAUCCUAUGCCCCUAAACCUGUUAUUGUUAAUAAUAAUAGGUUUGAAAUUCUUAAUAAGAUUGAUGAAGAAGUGGAAAUUACUGUAAAUGUUCCGAGCAAUAAUUCAAACAAAGAAGUUGAGUCUGCUUCAGAAUUGAAGAAUAAGAACAUGGAAGUGAUCAAAGCUGAUAGAGAGAAUUCUAUUGUGAAGAAAAAAAAUGGAAAAAGAGCUCAAUACUCUUGGACCAAUUAA